CGUCGCUCCGUCCAGACGUUGCCGCGCUUCGAAUUCGAGUUCCGUACCGUUUCGUGAGUGAGACCCAGUCAGCACAGUACGAGCCCAGCUGCGAGCGGUAUUAAAUCGAAACUGUGUCUGUCAUUCUAUCAAAUCUAUGUGCUAAAAACUAAAGUAAAUAGCCACAAAAUCUCGGCGAGCUAACGGAUACAAAUACCUAACGGCAGUGAAAUUAGCAACGGCAACAUGUUGCCGCUGGGGCUGCCCCUUCUGCUAGUGCUGCUGCUGUGCUCCAGCCGCUCCAUGGCUCAGCUGCUGAAUCAUCCGCCGCAGUUUGUGCCCGGAACAGGAGACAUGUCCCGCUUCAGCCUGUCGGAGAACACGCCAGUCGGGAGUCCCAUCUUCCAGCUGAAAGGCACCGAUCCGGAGGGUGGCCGCCUCAAGUACAGCAUAAGUGGGCCAGUCUUUUCGGUGGAUCGGGAGACGGGCGUGGUGCGACUGCGGCAGGAACUGGAUCGGGAGACGCAAGACACCAUCGAGGUGAUCAUCAGCAUCACCGACGAGGGCGUCUAUGGCACAGAGCCCAACACGGUGUCGCAGCGUCGCGAGAUACCCGUGCGGGACUACAACGACAAUCAGCCCACAUUCAUCGGCAGACCCUACACAGCCAGCGCCAGCGAAUCCCUGCCAGUGGGCGCCGAACUGAAUGUGGAGCCAGCAAUCAUUGUCGUGGAUCGUGAUGAGGGUAUCAAUGCUGAGGUGCAGCUGAGCUGCGUCGAGGAGAACGACAUUUGCGACAUCUUUGCCGUGCGUGCCGUGAAAAUCUCCGAUGGAAAUUACACCGCUCGAGUGGCGCUGAAGCAGCCGCUGGACUUUGAGAGUCGUCCAUCGUACAUCAUGACCAUCUCGGCCUCGGACAGUGCGCACGAGAAUCGCCUCUCCUCGCUGGCCACCAUUUCGAUUAAUGUGAUCGACAUACAGGAUCAGCCGCCCGUCUUCACCAAUGCCCCCUACUCGGCCACUGUAGCGGAGAACACACCAGCUGGAGUCAGCAUUCUGACUGUCAAGGCCAUUGAUGGGGAUGUGGGCAUACCACGGGAUAUAUUCCUAUCGCUGGAGGAUGAACCCUUCGGUCACUUUGAGUUGGUGCCCUUCGGGGAUCCCAGAGAGGGUAGCGCUGUGCUGCAGACCACGGCGGAGCCGCUGGAUCGCGAGAAUGCGGAGAUACUGCAGAACGGCGGCGUCUACGUGUUCUCCAUUCGUGCCACCGAACUGAUUGACGGUGCCAUUCCUGCCGAGCACUCGAUAACGCGCGUCACAAUCGUCGUAACGGAUGUCGACGAUCACCAGCCCACGUUCAGUGCCUCCCACUUUAAUGUCUCGAUUGCGGAGAAUCUGGCCAACGGUAUGCCGUUGCCGGGUCUCUCGAUAUUCGUCGAUGAUCGGGACAUGGGCGAGAACAGUCGCUACCAGCUGGCCCUGCGGAAUGUUGCCAACUCCGAGGGCGUCUUUGCCAUCUCCCCCACCGAGGCGCAGGGUCGUACUCCUGUUGUGGUCAAAGUUCUGGAUGCCAGUCGCUUGGAUUACGAUGUACCCGAUCCGGAGCAGCGCAAAUUCGAAUUCGAUUUGGUGGCCCAGGUAAAGGGUGUGGAGAAGGCCAAGGCUCGUGUGGAGAUCCACCUGCUGGAUGCCAAUGACAAUGCUCCAGUGUUCGCCCAGCCCACAUAUCGCUUUACCGCAGCCGAAAACAUGUCCAUCGAUGCGCUCAUUGGUCAUGUCAAAGCAACGGAUGCAGAUUCCGGUGAGUUCGGACGCGUGAGGUAUGUGCUCAAGGGUUUUGGAGCGGACAACUUCAAUGUGGACUCCGAGACGGGCGGCCUCUACCUCCAGCGGCAGUUGGACUACGAGAAGCAGAGCAGCUACAGCCUGACAGUUGUGGCCGUCGAUGGUGGUGGUCGGGAGUCGAAUGCGAAUCUCUUCGUCGGCGUUGUCGAUGUCAACGACAAUCAUCCGAGCUUCGAGAGCAAAGAGUACAGUCGCACCAUUCGCGAGGGAGCGGCCAUCUUUGAGCCGCAGUUCUUUGUGCGUGCCCAUGACUCGGAUGGUCCCACCCAGGGCAAUGGACGGGUCACCUAUGCCAUUGUCUCGGAGAACAGCAUAGCGGGGAAUGUGUUCCGCAUAGAGCCGGACACGGGCGAGAUUAUCAUCCAAAAGGCAGCUCGAUCCAUGGACACGGAACGCGGCGAGUACGAGCUGCUGGUCUCUGCAACAGAUUUUGGUGUUCCCCCACUCUCAAACACCACACGUGUGCUCGUGCGUGUGGGCAUCUCUGGCAAUCAGCGUCCCAUUUUCAGAGGACACUUUCAAAAUGUCGAGAAUCUGCCCAUCAUAGGACCGCCCAGCUAUCGCGUGUCCAUUCCGGAGAAUGCCGCUCCAGGCUACAAUGUGACUUCGGUGUCUGCACACGAUCCCGAUGGUCUGGACAGUCUGCUGCGUUACAGGAUAGUGGGCGCCAACGAUAACUUUGAGAUUGAUGAGGAAUCCGGUGUCAUUACAGUCUCCACGCAGGCGCACAUCGAUCGUGAUUCGAAUAUGAAUAGCUUUGAGAUCAUCGUAAAUGCCGUGGACUCGGGCACACCCAUACCGGAAACUGCCACCAGCACGGUCUAUGUGAACGUGAAGGACAUCAACGACGAGCGACCCAAGUUCGAGCAGGCCAGCUACGCGGCUUAUGUGUCCGAGCGAACAGCCAUUGGGGAGAGCGUGCUGCGUGUAAAGGCCAUUGACAAGGAUCUCAAUUCGAGACUGGAGUACAGUCUGCUGGGUGGAGUGCAGGCCACCACCAAGGCGGGUGUCAGCAUCACAAAUCGCAGCAGCUACCGCGUGCAGGAGGCCUUCCGCAUCGACAGCCAGAGCGGGGAGAUCUUUGUGAACAGCUCGCUGCGGCACGAUGUGGCUGCCAUCAUAAUCUUCACGGUGCAAGUGAGAGAUUUGAAUGCAGAGGUGGAUCCCGAGGGGCAGGUGGACAGCACCGAGGUGACUGUCUAUGUGCAGUCCUUCCAGGACACCAAUCCAGUGUUCAAGAAUCCCGGCUGGAGCAGCUCUCGGCCCGUGAUAGACAUCAAGAUCAAGGAGGAAAUGCCCAUCGACAGUGCGCUGUUCAUUCUGCAGGCAGAGGAUCCUGUGACACGUCAGCCCAUAACCAGCUUCGAGCUGAUCGAACCCAAGCAGCUGGAGUACUUCCAGAUAGCGGAACGCACCGGCGAGGUCAUCCUGAAGAAGCGCCUCGACUACGAGGCACUGGCGGAGGCUGGCUAUGGCCCAGAGUUUGAGCUGCAGGUGCGUGCCAGCAGUGCGGAUCGCCAGCGGAGCACCGUCAGUCGGCUCAACAUCAGCGUGGAGAACGUGAACGACAACAGUCCGAGGUUCGAGCAGAGCUCCUACCGUGCCACGAUCAUCGAGAAUCGAAUGCACCCGGAGCGGGUGGUGCGCGUGCGGGCGCUGGACAAGGAUGCCGAGCUGAAUGACAGGGAUGAGCGUCUGGGCUACCACAAGAUUGUCUACUCGCUGCAGGGCGAGCACGCGAUGCUCUUUGAGAUCAACAACCUCACUGGCGAGGUGAUCGUGGCCCGCGAUCAGACCAUCGAUCGGGAACGCACGCCACACAUUCGGCUGCAGGUGAAGGCUGAGGAUUCGCCGGGCAAGCCCACAGAUGCCAAGCAGAGUGUGGUGGAUCUGCUAAUCGAUGUGCUGGACGUCAACGACAAUGCUCCAGCGUUCACACAGAAAAAGUACAGCACAGUCAUUCCGGAGAAUGCGCAGAUCGACUCGUUUGUGCUCCAACUGGAGGCUCUCGACGCGGAUGAGGGUCUGGGCGGUGAAGUGCGCUACGAGCUGGUCAACGAGGGGGAGGCCAAUGGCCUGUUUAAGAUUAAUCCAAAGACCGGUCUGCUCUCCACACGCCGCAAUCUCACUGGCAAGGGCCGUGCGGAGCCGUACAUUCUGAUCGUGCGUGCCCAGGACAAUGGUGGACAGCUGCCCAAGCAGCCAACACUCUCCACCGAUGUGGAUGUGAGAAUAUUUAUAGGCGAUGUGAGCGCCAACGAUGGAGUGCCAUACUUUGUGGCGCCACGCGUGGGACAAAUGGCGAAUGUAACAGAGAAUGCUGUUAUUGGAGCGCCCGUGUUCCAAGUGAUUGCCAAUGAUCCGGACGAUGAGAGCACACCCUCGGGCACGAUCACCUAUCGCAUACUGCCAGACACUGUGGAUGCCGAGGCCUUUGCCAUUGACACCCACACAGGACUGAUCACCACACGACAAUCGUUGGAUCGUGAGACGAAGAAUAUGUACAAAAUCAUACUGGAAGUCAGCGACAAUGGACAGCCGAAGCAAUCGGUGACGCGCAUUCUGCAGAUUGCCGUGCUGGAUGUGGAUGAUCACGAGCCGCGUUUUGCCAGGGAAAUUGACGAAGGACCCCUGGCCAUGUCUGUGAGUGAGGCAGAACCUGCUGGCACAGUUGUCGGCAGCUUCAGUGCCGUGGACGAGGACAUGGGCGAGAAUGCAGCCAUCGAUUAUGUCAUCAUUGAAGGCAACAACGAGCAGAUCUUCACUAUUGAGCGCACCAACGAUAGUCUGGCUCUACUCAAGACCAGCCAGCCCAUCGAUCGAGAGCUGGUCGAGUCCUUCUUGCUGACCGUCAAGUGCCUGAAGCUGGGUGAGCCCGGCUACAAGUUCAUCGGGGAUGCCUAUGAUCGUCAGGAUCCCUCGCACUUGCGCAUUGCCAUCAGAGUGCUCGACAUCGAUGACAAUUUGCCGCAGUUCGAGCAACCGGAUCCCACGGUGGGCAUUCGCAUUAAUGUGCCCAUCGACACGGUGGUCACGACACUGCGUGCUAGCGAUGCUGAUGCCGAGGCGCCACCCAUUACGCUCUCCAUCGAGAAUGUCACCUUUGUGCCGCAGUUCUAUAAGCGCAGCCGGCAGCUGGCCGUGGGCAACCUUCAGAAUCUUUUCACCCUAAACAAUCGCACGGGGGAGCUGCGCACUGGUGGCUCCUUCUUGGACUACGUCGAUGGAUACUUCCUCAUGCGCGUGGCUGCCAAUAACUCGGCUCAGCCCAAGCGACAGGCACACAGCCACCUGAAGGUGUUCGUCAUACGCGACAAGUCGCUGCUGAAGUUCGUCUUUGCCCGUCCGCCCAACGAGAUUCAGCACAACAUUCGCCCCUUCCAGGAGCAGUUGCAGAAGAAACUCAAGCCGCUGGGCCUGGAGCUGCAUGUGCUCGACACUCAGGUCUUCACACGUCCCGACAUGAGUCUGGACUUUACCGCCACCAGCUCGUGCUUUCAGAUGUUCAAGGACGGCACUGCCCUGUCCCUCAGGGAGAUGCAGAAGCUGAUGAACUCACAGCAGCUGCGCCAGGAACUCAUCGAUAUCUACGCGGCCUACGGGGUCAGCGAGGUGGAGUCCUGCUCGGUGCGAAGGGUUCAUGCGGCGGCCAUUUUCGCCGGAAUGUUGACAUCAGCAGGCGCCUGGCUGGUGUUCCUGGCCACGCUCAUAGGUCUGGCUGCAUUGAUUUCACUGUGCACCGCCUGCUGCCUGAAGAAGAAAUUCAAGCGGCACAGCAAGCGCAGUUUGCAGGCAAGUCUGCGUUCGCCCACGGAGCACACACCCACCUCAUACAGCUACUCGAUGCCCGCCGUGCUCUACUCGGAGCCAAUCUAUGGGCCCUUGUAGCCGCAGCUUAUCUUCUGCACGGUCCGUUCCAGGUCCCUAGUUAAUUAGUGCACAAGACUUAGGCCUCCCCAGGAGCAGCAGCUAGGAUCGCUGCGAACUGGGAGAGUUUUAAUUGGCAGAUUGGGAAAUGCCAAAACAGUCCAUAAUAAGCUUAAGCAUACUAUGCGCGUGAUCUAGUGUGUAGCGUACAUAUCUUAUACAUAAUUUAAUUAAGUUUAGGCUUAAGCAGCGUGUAUAAAGUCUAGCAAUUACUUAAAUAAUCAACUGAAAGAGCUUAGCCCUAAGUCGAGUCAGUUCUUUGUGUCAUUUGUUCGCCUGAAAUACGAGCCUUUGCUCGAAUCUGAGCGAUUUUUGAUUUGUAUUUUGGUGUGAAUGGAAAUGCAUUUACUUGUACUACCUUUAAACCUAUUUAUCUUAUCGUAUAUUUGCCCACAACAUGUCGAACAAGUGCAAAAUAAAUAUCACUCCAAAACAAUGCAAAACAAUUUCCAGCUCCACAUUCAAAUCCUCGUCAGCAGUGUCCAAAUCGGAGUCAGAGUCAGAGUCCAUGUCCAUGUGCGUGAGUCUUUCACAUUUUUCACCAACAGUUUGCAUAUGUUUCUGCUACUAGGUAAAUAUAUAUUUACGAGACUAAGUAGUUUGUCGAAUGUGAACAUGUGUGCAAAUAAGUUCUAUUAAAU